CGCAAAUGGGUUUAUGACACUUAACUGCUCUAUCAGUCGGGGCCAUUGACAGUCGCGAUCAGUGAAAUGCAGCUCAUUUGCGAAGACUAUAAUUUAUUAUUCAACGAGACAGCCUUUCUUGGUCAUUUCAAACACCGUUGCACCUCGCCACAGUUUCCGCAUAUCCUGGCCUUGUCUUCAAACGCGUCGGCAUCACGGGUGUCGAAGUACGGAUGUCUGUCGCCGCGGUACGCUUUUCCAGUGCGGGAGCUCAUAUGAUACCAAGCUGGCUCUGGAUGGUGAUAUAGAUUUCCAAAAUUCGAGUUCUGGCACCAGCACGAUCCUGUUUGGCAAAUGAAUCGAUAUGUUCAUGUCGCAAUGCGUGCACAGUCCAGUACCUUGACUGUGAUCGACAGCACAGUUUUCGCAAGCAGAAUAUCCGCAGUCGGGGCAUUCAGAGUCAGGCAUAUCCCUCUCGUCGUCGUAUCUUAUAUUGCACCCGGUGCAGUGGGUCGUCGGCGGUCUCCCCCCGGGAGACUGGUCUUCUUUUCCCUCCUGUGCUUCCCGACAGAUGCGCUUCAUCUCACAUUCAUAUUUGUGAUGAGACCAUG